GUACCGCACUCAAUGUUUGCUAAGAUUGCAAGACAGUCUGUAGUAAACGCGGAACAUCUAAAAGUAUUUUUUUUGAAGAAACCUCGUAUAACUGUAUUAGUAGGAGCUACGUGACAGAUGAAAAUGGAAUCUUUUUUUAUUGAGAAAGAUCCGGAUCCAUCGAAACGAACUUUUGCGCAGGAUGACAAAUUGCCAUCUCUUCCAUUGCCAGAGCUAAAUGAUUCUAUCCAGAAAUACAUUGAUUCUUGCAAAGCAGCUGUCACGAAAGAAGAAUUUCUGAAUACUCAACGUAUCGCUGAGAACUUUGUGAAAAAUGAGGGGGUACAACUUCAUGAAUCUCUUCUGCGAAGAAGUCAAGUUAAAAGAAACUGGUUGGAUGAAUGGUGGACCGAUGGUUACUUAAAAUUCCGUGGAGCAUCUGGAAAUCUUAAUUUUACUGGAAUUCCUGUGUUUAGCUAUUGGCCAGUCGAUUCAUCAGAUCAGAUCAAGAGUGCAGCAUGGCAAUUACAUUUUGUAAUGAAAUAUUGGUCUCUUCUACGCGAAGAAAAGUUGAAACAGCAGAAAGAUAGCAGAGGAAAUAGUUUUACAAUGUAUCAGUUCAGGUUCUUAUUCAAUACUUGUCGAAUACCAUAUAAAGAAACAGAUGAAUUGUUCAAUUGUUUCAAAACAAUUUAUGAGGGAGACUGUCCGACACAUAUUAUUAUUUUCUAUCGCAAAAGAAUAUACAAGAUAGAAAGCGUCUCAAAAACAGGGCAAAUAUACACCCCCAGUCAAUUUUAUAAAGUUAUUUCUCAAAUCGUGAAUAACACUAAAAGUGGUGAAGGUGUUUCUACACUGACUGAAUUAGAUAGAGAUACUUGGGCUGAUGCACGAUCACAUUUGAUUGAACUCUCACCUCAAAACAAGAGGAAUAUUCAUGACAUUGACACUGCAUUGUCAUGUUUCUCAUUAUCUGAUCAAUCUCCACAGACCGAAACAGAUUUGCUUAGAUGUGGCGCUACACUGUCUCACGGAAACAGAUGGAUGGAUAAGUUUAAUUACAUCUGCACUAAGAAUAGUAAAUUUGUAAUUCAUACCGAUCAUACGCCAUUAGAUGGAAUGGUUUUUGUAACGAUGAUGGCUUAUACUGAAGCAAUACUACAAGAUAUGAAGAAACAGAAAUUGAUGGAAUUGUGGGAUGCUGAUCAAACGCCAGUUGAUUCUCCUGUUGAACUUUCAUUUGUUUUGGAUGAGAAAAUUAAAAGCUGGAUAGCAGAGGCUACAACAACAGCUGAGAACCUCAAUUCAAAUUUUGAUUGUUACUUUCUCAACUUUCAUCAAUUCGGAAAAAAAGCAUUGAAAAAACUGAAACAUAUUCAUCCAUGUGCAUUUGCACAGAUUUGCAUUCAACUUGCUUUUAUGAGAAAACAUGGCCGUCCUGCUCCGACUUAUGAGACUUCAACAACUCGAAUCUUUUAUCGUGGAAGAACAGAGACCUUACGUACUUGUACCCAUGAAGUUGUUGAAUUUUGUGAAGCAAUGAUUUCUGAUCUUCCAAACAAGGAAGAAUUGUUCAUGAAAGCCUGUGAUAAAUAUGUUUGGUUGAUGGAGGAAUGCAAAGCAGGAAGAGGAUGUGAUCGACAUAUGCUUGGUAUUGCUGCAAUAGCAAAUGAAAAUGGUGAAAAGCUACCUAAAAUAUUUUCGGAUGCUUCAUUUGAAAAAUCUGGAGGAAAUGGAAACUUCGUUCUUUCAACAAGUUUUACAGGAUACACCAAUGCUGCCGGAGGGGUUGUUCCAAUGCGAGAUGAUGGAUAUGGAACAUUCUAUAAAAUAAACAACAAUUAUAUGACCUUUGUUGUCACGACGAUGAGAACUGGACCAAAAACAGAUGCAAAGGAUAUGGCACUGCAGAUUGGAAAAGCUUUACAAGAUGUCUUCGAUUUGAUGGUGAACAAUUAUUCACGUCUGUAAUUUUCAAAUUUAAUUAUUUCAAAAAAAUUUUAGUAACAAAACUCUAUGCUGUUUAUACUAUGAUAUAGGUGCUUUAAUUCUCUUUCUGUUGUACUUUUUCACAUUAGCCAUGAUCAGAUUGUACCGAUUUUCUUUGUUACAUAUAUUAAUCAUACAUUUUAAUUGUUUUGAGUUGGUCAAUGGCAUUUUUGCUCUGAAAUUGUCUUAUUCAUAUAUUCCGGGUUCAUUAUUCUGCUGAUGUUUUUUCAUUUAUCCUUGUACCCCAAUGAUAUUUAUACACUUUCAAUUAUAAAGUAUCUGGAAGUGAUUUAGAUGGGGUUAGAUGUCAAAUUUUCUUUGUUUUAUUCUACUCAAGUGAUGUCAGUUACAGAGUGUAAUCAGUUAUAUUUGAUGAAUACUGUAUAACAUCAGUGCUCUCCAAGUUGGCAAGAUAUUUUGUAAAAUUAAGCAAAUUGCUACAGUAUUAAAUACUCAAUAUCAUGUUUAAUUAUUCCCAAUAUAAUAUUGGCUGAAUUUAUAAGGUUUUAAAAAUCAAAUUUUCAAUGAAUAUUCUUGUCUGUAUUAAUAUCAUAUCUAUCAUAUUUUUCAAUUCUCUAAUUAUUUUUUAAUAUUCACUGUCCGAUCUAUGCAUUGUAGCAAAUGACCGUUUACUGGCCACUAAUCUUGAUGAAUGGUGAAAUUAUUAUCAUUGGCUGCUGUAAUCAUUAUAUAUGCAAUAAUUGAUUAUAAUAUAUUUGAGUGAUGCUGUA